GCGACCUUUGUUGCAGCUGGCUGAUUGUUACUAAUUAGAAUAAUUAAUUGCUUCAGCUUUAGCGUUUGUGCAAUUAAUCAUAAUAAUAAUGAUAUUCGAUAAAAAAACUCCGAAUGUUUUCGUUAGAUAGCGAAAUGAAGAGUAACACCAAAAAUAAUACAUGAACCGCUCGACAUUACCUAAAUAAAAACAAUUUUUUAUCUUUUCGUAUUCGUCUUUGUUUACAUUCGGCGUCGGGAUAUAUCAACAAACUUUUUGUGAAAUUAUGAAAUACAUAAGUACUUAAUAAUAAAUUUUUCUGAGAACUCUGUCCAAAAGUUAAAUAAACGCUUUGUUGAAAUUGCUUGAUUUUGCUUCAAAGUUUCGAAUAUUGCGGUCGGUGGUGCAACUACAUUAAUUGUUGUCUUGAAGUUUCGCGCUUGUUGUAACUCGUCAGUUGGGAAAGCUUAGGACCGCCAUCAAAGAGAUCUAGCGAAAAUGCCCCCCGUCCCACCGCAGAAGGCAGAAUUUCCAAAAUUCGUAGACUCGUUAUGGUGCGUUUACAUAGUAUCCGUCUUGGCUGCCUUUAAUGCAGAAUUUGUUACUUACCCCCUUGAUCUAAUAAAAACAAGACUCCAGAUACAGGGUGAACAAACGAACAAAAACAACAAUGGCAAAAUAGGCAAGGCACCGUACAGAGGUAUGUUUAGAACGGCAAUCGGGAUAACGAAAGAAGAGGGUCUAAGUAGGCUGUGGCAAGGGGUGCACGCUGCUUUCGCCAGGCAUUUGGUGUACUCAGGAACUAGGAUAAUUACUUACAAGGCCUUGAAGGAGAAGGUGUUCAAGCCUAAUCCGCAGGAGAAAUAUUUCCCAGUGUGGCAGUCCGCCUUAUGUGGCAUCACCGCAGGUGCGUUUUCUCAAUACAUUUCUAGUCCGGCGGAUUUACUUAAAGUCCAACUCCAAAUGGAGGGCAAGAGGAGACUCCUGGGCCUGCCCCCUCGAGUCCACGGCAUGUACGACGCCUUCCAGAAGGUUUGGUCCAGCGGUGGGAUCAGGGGUUUAUGGAAAGGGUCUGUGCCCAACGUUCAAAGGGCGGCUUUAGUGAAUUUAGGUGAUCUGACUACUUACGACGUGGCCAAGAGGUUCAUCAUGAGGCACACAAACUUACCCGACAAUCAUUUGGUCCACAUGAUGGCUAGCAGUUGUGCCGGUUUGGUCGCGGCGUCCAUGGGCACUCCCGCCGACGUGAUUAAGACUAGAGUAAUGAACCAGCCCUUGGACGAAAAAGGAAGGGGUCUCUUAUACACUUCCUCCAUAGACUGCCUGCGGAAAACAGUCAGGCUAGAGGGCAUCGGGGCUCUGUACAAGGGCUUCGUGCCCAUCUGGAUGCGGAUGGCGCCCUGGUCCCUAACUUUCUGGCUGACCUACGAGGAGAUAGUUAAGUUCAUGGGGGCGGAAAGUUGGUAACCCGAGUUACCGGGCGAACAUAGUACGAAUCGUAGUGUGAUAUUCUUCGUCAUCGAAAGGACAACACCAGCAAUGCCAAGCUCCUCUAUUUAUCGUGUAUUCGUUGUUCAUAAGACACUAGAUUAGGAUAGGGCGGUGAUGUCUUUCGAAUGAAGGUGAUUAUGUCUGUUUUAAGUGUGAGGAAUAUGUUAUAAGUCGGUCUGUUGGCGAGAGAAGGCGAUGAAUGUCAAAGUCGGAGUAGUCGAUCUCUAACUGUGCUCUGUUUAGGCUAAGUUGGGCUUUCGUAUAAAUCUGAUACGUUCGUAGGUAUGGAAAAACUCGCGGUGGGAACCUUGAGAAGGUUAGGUUAUGUUAAGAGGUACAAGGUCAGUCAAAUUAUCGCGAAGUUUCACAAUUUAGGGAUGAAAACUGUCGAAGAUAGAUUUGGUACAUUGUUUUGUUUUGAAUUGGAAAUAAAGAGAGUUGGUUUUUUUAUUCAGACAUUGUCAGGACAGCGAAACAACAUGUAACGUUUAUUUUCAGUAUGGUCGCCAUAUUGGAUUUUUGAUAUUUUUUAAUUCAGUAGGUAUAUUUUUCUGGUUACAAUAAACUAAACGAUGAUAUGGUUUGCUCCUUGUUAUUGCCGAAAUAUAAAACAUCCGCAAAGAGUGCUUUGAAAACAAAAGUAUUGCUUCAAUUUUGACAGUUCGGUAAAAUUUUUCUUGGCAGUGUGUUUUGAUAAUUAAAAAUGCAAUUUUCACAUGAAGGGGAGCGAGAUAUGCUCCAAACUUUUUGAUUAAUUGAUUUGAAGACUAUCGAGCUCUGUUUCAUGUGUAAAAUAACAUUUAAUUUAUCCGAAUUUUGACGUCAAUGGAAAUUGAACAGAACUGUCAAAAUUUGCUUUUCGGAUGUUUUGUUUUCAAAGCACUCUUUGUAAGAAUGGACAAUUUGGUAUUUUGAUGAAAACAAAAAAACUAUCGAAUGACACAUCGUCAAAAUCAGAAAAAUACACUGAAUUCAAAAAUAUGAAAAUCCAAUAUGGCGCUUAUAAGAAAAACAAAACUUGUUAUGUUGUUUCUCCAUACCUCGUACCUGUUAAGAUAACCGAGAUCUCAAUAGUGCAGCAUGAAACAUGGAUACCCUGUAUGUAACAGAUUGUUAGUCUGGUACAAGAAAAAUCAUAAAAUUAAAUGAAAUAUCAAAAGUAACACAAUAUCGUAAUUUUUUCAAUGGUAUUUUAAGGAAUUAAAUACUAAAAAAGCUGUAAAGCUUGUUUCCUACAAAUUUUUCCCAACUAGAUCGUUCAAAAAAUUAUUGCAAUUUGCUGUUAUCGUCCACAUCUUUUUACACAUUUCAGCAGAUUGGUCAAUUUAUUGGUCAAAGAGGCUACCAAUCCAAUAGAAUCCAAUGUUUAAAUCUUAAAUACUUGAAAUAUAAGCUAUGUCAAAAUUGUUGAAUUUAACUAAAAUUACUCCGUUUUUACCAGUUUUUGAUCCUAUGAAUUACAUAGAUACAAGUAAUAUAUACACUUUAAUAAAUUUCCCAGCUUGAAUAUAUUGGCCAAUAAGUUGGGGAACAAUAGAAUUGGUGCUAAUUUAUUCAACAAUUUUGACACCUGUGUUUUGAAAUAUUUCAAAAAUAGUCCUUAUGUUGCUGUUAUUGCAAUUACUUUAGUCUGAAAUACAUUAAAAGUUUAUUAUGGCGUGUGGUUUAUCGUUCGUGAUUGCUUUUUUAUUCGAUAAGUUGGUAGCGGCCAAUAUAUUGGCCAAUUUAUUGGCACAUUUAAAAAUGUGCCACAAAUUGUGACAUUUCUUGCUCAGUGCCAGAAAGAAUUAUUGGAUCAAAAGUUUUUAAAUGUUAAAGAGGUCGAAUUUAAAAAUUACAUUAAUGUGAAUCCAUGUGCAGUUGUUAAACCUACGAAAUUUUCCAGGAUAAAAAUUCUUUCCUACGAAAUGUGCUUAAGAAGUAGUGAAACAAUUAUCGCAGCAAUAAUGAUGUAGGUUGUGAAAUAUGCUUUUCCGAUUGGUUUUAAAAUGUAUACGAACCAAGUAAUUGCGCAACUUUUUUCGAUUAUCGCUAUUUAGGCGUAUCGAAACAAAUUUUAUUUAUGUGGGAAUCAACUUAGACUACCAACUCAGCUCGGUAAGAGACUUGCACAAGCGAUCUACAUAUAACGAAACAAAUAGUCAUAUCCAGGGCAGGUUUUGGGCAAAUAAAACAUUUGCAAGUUCCAAAAUAAAUUUAACGACAUUAAUUGCGGUUUAAUAUAUUUCAAACCGUAAUAAUAUGUCUAUUAUUAUCUUAUUUGUUUAUUUUAUGAUGUUUUUAUGCAAGAGUAGAAUUACAUACGUCGGUUGUAUUAA